AUUAUUGAACUUUUUCAGGUAAGCCUCAUAAUUAUUAAGCUCCUGUCUUGGUUUUUGACUUUCAUAGACAAAUUUUUGCUCCUUGAGUCCUUGUUCUUUUUUCUUUUAAGUUGACAAUGUCUCUGCUCUAUGCUUCUUUUGGCAAAUUUGAAGUUUAAGGUUAUCGAUUAUUGCUAAACUUAGGUUUCUGUUAUAGUUUUCUGAUUUGGCCAUUUGAAUAUAGCAUUAUAGUGCCAUUCAUUUUGGUAUGCUUGUUAAAAUUUCAGCAAACCAAGAAGAGAAAAGAAACUCUAUGUUUUGGGGUGGCAUUCAGUUUGUGUUAGUAUGGAGUAUACACUUAGCAAGUUGGAGAUCAGUAAUCCAGUUGGUAGUUAACAUUAUUUCUCAUCUGAAACACAUCCUGAUGACCCAUUAGUAGUUAAUAUUUUUUCUAUUAGCUUCCCUAUGCAUUAAUGAAUUGCUGUCAAUUCUUUGUUCACAAACUUACUAGUAGGUGAUUGAGCUAAUUUGCAUACAUAACGUUUUCUGCAACAGUUUUAGUAGGUGAUUGACUUUAUGACAAUAGAAACAUACAAGUUUGUCUUCCUAUGAUAUAUUUUGCUUUGUUCUGAAGCAAUGUGUGUUUUUCUAUAUGUUAGUAAUUUCCAGGAAUCAAUAAACAAUUAUUCAAUAUUGAAGUUGCUUGGUUACCCAUGCAUAAUUGACAGGAUGUUGGAAAGACUACUAUGACUUUGAGGAAUUGAUUCUUGAACAUGAGAAGAAUAACUCUUGUUUGGACAAUAAUUACUCUGCAAAAAAAAAAACUGUGUUCUCAUUCCAUGUAAUGCAGAAUCUGACUGUGUAAUAUCAAGUUGAAUGUAGUAGUAGUAUACUUCAUCAAGUAUGAGAUGUAUUAUUUGUAAUUAAUAAAUAAUAUGUUUUCCUUACAGCUCAAACAAGAAGGGCAAUGACUGGGAAAAUAUUUGUGUUCCUUGAUAAAGAAGCUUGGAAGCUAUUCAAGAAAUUCAAGCUGGCUUCAAAGCUACCUGGGCUAUUUGUCUAUUUCAGGUGAGUGUUGUUGAGAAGUUGAACCAACACAUUGUUCUUCCUACCAACUAAUCUCAAUGUUUCUUCCUGCUCUCCACAUCCCACUUCUAUAUAAGCUUGCCCAGAUACAACCCCAGACCAUAACUCUCUAAUCCAAGCUGAAAUAGAACAAAACAUCUCCACCAAGAAUGGCUCAUCAUCUCAACCCAUCCUUUCUCCUGCUUUUCUUGAUCACUCUGUCACCGGCGCUCGUACAAACCGAGGCCAGACACCUUCUGGAGAUCACAUUGCCUGAAAUCCCAACAUUGCCAAAGCCUGAGCUGCCAGAAAUUCCAAAACCAGAGCUACCAACAUUCCCAAAGCCUGAAAUCCCAGAAAUCCCAAAACCAGAGCUUCCAGCAUUACCAAAGCCUGAAGUCCCAGAAAUCCCAAAACCAGAACUUCCAACAUUACCAAAGCUUGAAGUCCCAGAAAUCCCAAAACCAGAGCUUCCAACAUUACCAAAGCUUGAAGUCCCAGAAAUCCCAAAACCAGAGCUUCCAACAUUCCCAAAGCCUGAAUUCCCAGAAAUUCCAAAACCAGAGCUGCCAACAUUCCCAAAGCCUGAAGUCCCUGAAAUUCCUAAACCAGAGCUGCCAAAGAAGCCAUGAUUUCUUGAAUGCUCACUUGAGCGUGCGCACACACAUAUUCUCCAGGAUUCUCAGAUUAUUUACACUUUAUGAUUGAUACAUUCACUAUAUAUUCCCGUCUUGAACGAAUGGAUGCACGAUGUUCUCUACGUGCAGUGUGUUAGGACUUAGAUCAUUCAUCAUCUGUAGUCUGUACUACUCAUCUUUGAAUUUCGUACUUUUAGUGUGUUUCAUUUACAUGUUUUAUUGCCUUUAAAUUCAACAUCUAUUCAAUGACUAUUGUUUGCUUGAA